UUAGGACAGCUUUCCCAGAAAACAAGAAAGGCCACCGAAUCAUGAUGACCACUCGACACGUACAUGUGGCUAGAUCGGUAACUAUCUGAAGUUUCUAGAUCAGAAGGAAAGUUUCCAGCUGUUGGAAAAGAGAGCUUUUGGCGAUAGCCAUUGUCCUAUUGAGUUAGUAGAACAUGGAGAAGGCAUUGUAGAAAAAUGUAGUGGAGUACCACUUACAAUUGUGGUAAUUGCAGGAGCUUUAAGAGGCCGUACAAGCGAAAUUGAUUGGCGAGUAGCUAAGGAAAAUGUGGGGAAACACCUAAUAGAACAAGACAACCUUAAGAGAUGCUUGAAGAUUGUGGGACUGAGUUACAAUCAUUUGCCUCAAGAUAGAAAGGCUUGCUUCAUGUAUUUUGGUGCCUUUCCUCGAGGCUUUGAUAUCCCUUGGAAAUUGAUCCGCCUCUGGAUUGCUGAGGGGCUCAUAAUGUCUAACUUGCCAGGUAGCGAAAUUGAGGAGAUAGCAGAUUAUUAUUUGAUUGACUUUGCAAAUAGAAAUUUAAUGAUGGUGAUUGCGAAGAGGUCUAGUGGUCAAAUAAAAGCAUGUCGUGUUCAUGACAUGUUACAUGAGUUCUGCAUUAUGCAGGCUACUAGACUUAGUCUUUUCCAAUAAGUAUGACUCACACCUGGUCAAGAUAGUCCUUCUAUACAAAACUCAAAUACUUCUCGUCGAUUGUCUAUUCAAUCAUCUGUUCCGACAAAUUUUAUCUCCAAAACUACAACUGAAAACCAUGUUAGAUCUUUCUUAUGUUUUUCCUCAAAGUAUAAACAAAUUGACCUCUCAAAUAUAGAUGUCCAACUCAUCCCCAAAGCAUUUCCACUUAUCAGGGUCUUGGACAUUGAAUGCCUCAAAUUUGUAUUCCCAGGGAAUUUUACCAGCUAUUCCACUCGAGGUAUAUUGCUAUCUCAGGUGAUUUCAAGGAACUUUCAAAAUUCUUUAGUUACUUCUGGAAUUUACAAACUCUCGUGCUUAAUACACCAAAGCCCACCCUUGAUAUAAAAGCUGGCAUAUGGAACAUGUCACGGUUGCGCCAUCUACGCACCAACAAACCUGCAAAUUUUCCACCACCUACUACCUCUACAAGUUCUUGUCUGCAAACUCUUUCUCUGGUUGCACCAGAAAGCUGCAAGGAAGAUGUGCUUGCAAAGGCUAGUAAUCUCAAAAAAUUGAGCAUUAAAGGGAAUAUGGCAACUUUUCUUGAAACUAGCAAGGGUGAAUUCAGCAAUUUUCUAGUGCUAGAGCGCCUGGAAAGUUUGACACUACUGAAUGAUUAUUUGAGUAGAGCUCUUCACCUUCCUUCAGCAUUAUUUGUAUAUCUACCCAAACUGAAGAAGUUAACUCUAUCAAAAACAAGAUUUGAGUGGAACGAGGCGAAUAGGUUGGGGCAUCUGGAAUGUCUAGAGGUCCUAAAGUUGAAAGAAAAUGCUUUCACUGGGAAUUCUUGGAAGAUGGAGGCAGGUGGUUUUAGGAAACUCCAAGUCUUGUGGAUUGAAAGGGCAGAACUCGUAUCAUGGGAAGCAUCAAAUUGUUCCUUCCCGAGGCUUAGGAACCUUGUUUUUGUCUCCUGUCUUAAUCUUGCAAAGGUGCCACCGGAGCUGGCUGAUUUAGAGUACCUUCAAGAGAUGGUGCUGGACAACACAAGCAAAGCAGGUGAUUCUGCAAAAGAAAUAGAACGCAAGAGAAAAGAGAAGCAAACUCCAGAAAGCAUCAAAUUCAAGCUCACUAUUUCUUACUGAAGCUGAUUCAAAGGCCACAAAGUGAAGGUGAAAGGAAAGAAUCAAGGCAUGACGCGUUCCAUAUUUUGUUGCAGUCAGCUGAUCUGAAUACUUUUCAAUGAAGAAACUUGUUUGCCUAUGAAGAAACUUGUUUGUCUAUUGUUUAUUACAAGCAUUGUUAAGUUGCAGAUAUUCCCUGCGUGGUUCUGGAGAUUUUAAAUAAAUGCGCUCCACUGUCAGCUUGGAACUGUACCCUUCUCUGGGUUUCUUACAUUUCGAGUUCCGGAUCAUGUGGAGUGUUCUCUUUCUUGUGAACUAUUCCAACUUUCAUGUUUUAUUGUGGUUGUAUUGCUUCACUUCAUUCAGUAUUAAUUUGUUUUACUGCUAAAGCUUGGAUACCAAUGUAUUGCUGAAAGACAUGUUAUUUGUUGGAGUUUUUAGCUAAAAUUGUC